CCCAUUUGUCUCCUUUCGCGGUGGCUUCCUCUUAUUUUUUUCUUUCUCUCUCUCUUUCUCACUCUUAUAUCCUUUCCGAGUUCCGACUCUGUUAAUCAUUCUCCGUUAAGAUUCUUUCUUCUUUCCUCUUUCCACUCUUGGUCUUAUCUUCUUCACAAUCCCACAACCACUCCUUGUUAUAAAUCAGAUUUUUUUUUCUCUUCUUACAGAUCCAAACAUGGCCGAAGAACACCGAUGCCAAGCUCCCGAAGGUCACAGACUCUGCUCCAACAACUGCGGCUUCUUCGGUAGCCCCGCCACAAUGAAUCUCUGUUCCAAAUGCUACAGAGACAUCCGUUUGAAGGAAGAAGAACAAGCCAAAACUAAAUCCACAAUCGAAACCGCUCUUUCUGGAUCUUCCUCCGCCACCGUCGCCGUUGCCUCCGCCGUGGAUUCUCUUCCGGCGCCGGUUGAAUCCCUCCCUCAACCGUCGGUGGUGAGUUCGCCAGAUGUGGCCGCACCGGUUCAGGCGAACCGGUGCGGCGCGUGUAGGAAGCGCGUGGGAUUGACUGGGUUUAAGUGCAGGUGCGGAACCACGUUUUGUGGGACUCACCGGUACCCCGAGAAACACGCGUGUGGCUUCGAUUUCAAGGCGGUGGGGAGAGAGGAGAUAGCACGGGCGAAUCCCGUGAUCAAAGGCGAGAAGCUACGGAGGAUUUAAUCUGCACCGUUGAUAUGAUGAUCGAAGCGAUUAGGGUGAGUUGAUCAGGACCGUCCGUCGUGGGCCGUUGAUACGAACCUAUUUCGAGCGUGUGUAAGAAAAAAAAAAUCUAUUAGUUAUGACGACAUUGGGAAGGGUUGAAUAAGUCAUAUUUUGGAGGCUUUGCUUUGUGUUUGUUCAUUAAAAAUGGAAAAUGUUAGGUCCACCCACGUUCGGAAAUUGAGGGGUUUGUUUAGAAUUGCAAUGCAAUGUAAAAAAGUGUAGUUUAAUAUUUUUCUACAGGCAUUUCUAUUUUUCUUCCGUUUGCGAGAAAGGUAAAUUAUCGUCUGCGUUGUAUCC